AUGGAGAAGUUCCUUUUCGACAAAGUUGGCUACGAUGCCAUGUACAACUGCACGCUUUUCCCGACAGAGCAAUGGCACAAAUUUGGGUAUCCCAACAAGAUCAUUGGGACCAUUUAUAUGUUCAUUGGAGUAACAUACGAAGUGCUGUACUUCCCAUGUCUAUGUGUAAUGUCAACGAACAAGUUCUUGAAGCUGUCUUGCUACAAAAUCAUGUUCUUCCUAGGUAGGAUGGAAGCGAUUGCAUAACAUUGUUCAGGGAUCAUUGAUAUGGCUUGUAUUUCGAUUAAUUCCAUUAUGGCCGGGUACUUCGCUUGGCAUGGGACUGUUUUCUGCGAUUAUCCGGUUACUAUGUAUGUCAGCGGAGCCAUUUCCACAGGUAAGGAUUUGUGUUCUAAAAGGGUUUUUCCGCGACACAAAUCAUUUUUUUCGGCGGCGAUGAAAUUUUCGAAUCAUUGUGCUCAUUACGACAAAAAUUUCACCGAACUCUUGCCAAGUUGGCUGUCAUAAGGUGCUUCCCGGUAUCCUAACCAAAUGUAUCGUCGACCCAUGGUUUUUUUGACUGGAGCAGACCAUUGUAACUCAGUUUCGAAAGAGGGAAAAUCCAAUUCUAGGACUCUGGUGCGCCGCCUGUAUGACAUGUAUGAUCCUGGCGAUGAACCGAUGUUGCGAUUUACUCAAGUCCGAAUGGAUGGAAUACUUUUUCCAGGGAUGGAAAACCUACGCCUGGCUGUUGGCCCCAACCCUCUACGGCUCCUACUUCGCAAUCUUUACCCCUCCAGUCAUCUUCACCUCAAUUUAUGACGGCGCUUUCUUCGAUCCUUUCGUUGGAAUGCCCGUUUCUGAUAAGGAAAAGGUCAGUCUGAUAUCAUCAAAACUAAUAACAGUUCAGUAUACAAGUAUUCCCCAUACCGUCAACAAUGUGACAGUGAUCAUCGUCUUAUGCAUUUCUUACACCAGCAUCUGCAUCUACGUCUGUAUGAAAACUCAUUCCAUCAGUGGGAACAGUGGGAUGAACACGUUGCAAAAGCAGGUAACUCUUGAUGUCAAGCCUCAGCUUCAGUUCUACACUCAAAUAUCCAAUCAAAUUACAGCUAAUUGCUCAAGCCACCCUAAUCUGCCUCUUGAUCUUUGCCGCCUCUUCCGUCUACGUUCUUAUGCAAUUUGUUGAACUUUCUGGUUAUAUGGUAAUUCUCGGGCAAAUCAGUUGGCAAUCCAGUCAUGGUAAGUUUUUUUUUUAAUUUUUUUAUUUCAAUUUUGCCUCCGUUCCAACUGAAGACAAGGUACACUUCAUUUUCUAGCAUUUUCUGAUUUCCCUGAAACCGAGAUAAUCCGCUCCCUUCACUUUUCAGGAGGUACCGUAUUCAUUUACCUUUUCCUCAACAAAACAAUGAGAACAGAGAUUCGAGCCACUUUCCUCCCACGAUUCCUUCAGAAAAAUAGGCAUCAAACGUUUGUAACAGACGUUGGAAUUGGAACCAAUCCGCAGAAAUCGACAAGCAAGUCCACCGGGAACUCAGCGUUCAUGAUAUGA